AUGGGCUUAUUCUCAUACGGAAUGAAAGUAAUCCACAAAGAUACUAACAUUGACCAUAUGUCAGACGAUGAAGGUUGCUUGCAGUCUUUCCGUACUUCGUUGGAGGUAUUUUCUUCUGGUUCCUGCCGUAGUGGCUCCCUUGGAGAUGCCUUGGGGCCUAUAUCUUGUCUUGCUGUCUCUUCGGAGAUUAAUGGUGCCAGUGAUGUUGAAGGUCUUUCUAGUUCUACUUCCGUAAAACAACAGAACAGCGUCUGCCAUCGGAUGAACCCAACAGUUCGUGAAGAUGACAAGCGUUCCCACAUGGAACAAGUGGCGUACAUUCCAGUGCGUCAUGAGAACCAGGGACUAAAACGCUUGGUCCGAACCAGACUCCCAUACUAUGGGGAGGAACUGGAGGAGCAGAUGUUCAAGGAGAUAGUUCCAAAGAUGAACCCUCCUAAGCCCAUUGGAUCUACUCCAGAACUGUUGAAAAACGGUAUCCAGAGCGAAACCCAUAGCAUCUGCUAUGAUAAAGUCUCUGCCAGUGUUCCUGCAACUGGGUGUUUCCUUGCUUCGCCUUGUCUCCCUGAACAAGGCACAUUCACUGAACAGAGACCAGGUUUCCCUUUGGUUGGUGAGCUUCCUUCCUCUGGCCAGAAGAUGAUCCUUUCGGAAAUUUCCGAUCUGGUAUCUCUCUUUGGCUCUAUGUCAAUUGAGGAUACCAGUGAAGACCUUUGGGCUGGCCGGGAUCUCUCCGUGUGUACUGCCCAACAAGUGGGUGCUGUUGGAGCAGAGGUGGCUUCGGCCAUGGAAGACUGCUGGUACGGUGGAAACACUGUCUGGUCUGAGGAGGUGCCUCAGUGUCCUGCGUUGGUCGGAGGUCUCUUUGCCUUCGGGCAACAAGAACGCAUGGACUUCCUGUCCACUGUUGACACUCCUUUGGAGCAGAUGCUGACGGAUGCAGAUGAGGAAGAUCUCGACUGUGCAAUGAGUAUAAUCUCUGAGCCAGAGUCUUCCGAAAUGCUUGAUGUCGAGUAUGCCGGUGUCGUUGUUGCAGGCGUCUCCACAGCCUGCUGGUACAACGUGAACAACGAACUAGCGAUGGUUCCAGAAGACUUGUAUGGCGACAGUCUCAUGGACCUCGCCGUCGAGGUAGUUCCAGGGAUCGAGGGCAACCUUGAUCACUACCGAGACGAUUGCCUCAUGCACUGGGAUGAGUGCUUAGUCUCAAAAGCCUCUCCCAUCAUGGCAGCAAUUAUGUUCCCUGCUUCUGGUGCUGUCACCAUGUUUCCUGCUUCUGGUGCUGCUACCAGACUUUCUGUCUCUGGUGCGGCUACCAUGUUUCCGGUUUCUGGUGCUGCAACCAUGUUUCCUGCUUCUGGUGUGGCUUGCCCAUUCCCACUUGAACAGGUAAACAUUACCAACAAAGGCGCGACUUGUGUCCCACAGCAAGUUGCAGAAGAUCUCGUGGGGAAUCCAGAGGAGGGUCCAAGACUACCAUCUUCCCCUUCUCUCCCCGGAUCUGAUUCUGGUGCUGGCCUUCACGGUCCAUCUGGCGUGUCGUUGCCAGAGGAUAAGGCACCAGAGCCUACCACAAUUCCUGGUGUUGUGGCGUGGCUGACUACCGCUCCCGAGAGUCCAGAAGAAGUCCUAGGUGAAGAAGAAGAAGAUGAUGAUGACGAAGAGGACUCGGAUGAGGGACACGAAGAUGACGACAAGGGCGUCACCCUGCAAGACUCGGUGUUGGCAGAUCUCCUUGCUGAGUUAGAAGAGAUGGUGGUAGCGACCCUCUGGUUCUCAAAAAGUUUCGGGUUGGUAGAAACCUUUUUGAGUUCCACCCCCCAAGGCUAUGAUCGAGUUCUUGGGUUCUUGGUUUUCCCUAUUUUGUUUGGACGUUAUUGGUCCCUUUUGUUUCGUUGUCUAGACUUUGGCUGUCUGUGUUUCUGGAUGUUAUUUUCAGGCAAUCGCCAUCCAUGUAUCUGGACUUUGUUUGCAUGUGUUACUGGUGCUGCUCGCAGGCCUUUGACUGCUGUGAAACUUGGGAUUUCCCUGUCUGUGUUUCUUGCUUUUGUUCUCAAGCGCAUGAGUGCCGUAUUGCUUCAAUAUCUCUGUUUAUGGAUUGUGCUAUCUAUAAAUCGUAUUUGGUCAACCUUGGUGGCCCUUGGCGUUCUAGAAAAACAUUAUUCAAGUUUUUGUGUGUCUUUGGUUCCGUCUAGUGAAUUUCGCAGAGCCGAUAGACAUAUUAGCUCAAGUCUAGGGGUAAUCUUAUUGACUUUCAAAUGGAUUCCACGGUCAACAAUAGGCAGUCCUUAA